AUGAGUUCGGACUGUUUCNCAUUUUUGAAUAUUUUCAAGAACAAGGCAUGGCGGCGCGGCUUCUUCCUCGUCAUGGCUUUAAUAUCAGCUCAGUCAUUCAACGGCAACUUCACCAUCCUGACGUACGCGUGGACCAUUAUGUCAGAGUCAGGAGUGACAGCCAACCCAGAGCUGACGUCACUGGUCGUGCCCAUGCUGAUGAUUUGCGGAUCCACGGUGUCAAUGAUGUGUGUGGAGAGGUUUGGGAGAAAGAAGCUCCUGACCAUCACCUACUCUGUAACCGUGGUCGCAAUGAUCACCCUUGCNAAUUCUAUGAUCGAAAGGAGGCUAGCGAUGAAUUUGUUACACUGCGCCGUGGUUCUAGCAGACAAGGAAAUGCAGAAAAAUCACCAACACCAAUAG